CGGUGGACCUGCUUGUUUCGUUACCACUUAUCAAUCCAAAAUCCCUAUCUUUUUUUUUUUUUAUACAGAAAUCCCUUUCAUUUCUAUGUAAUAAGUAGUUCAAUUUCGAAGGAUUCCCUUAAAAUUAGAGAGAUCUGUGCUUCUGAUCAGAGAGAAUUAAACCAUGGCAAAGAGCGAUGUGAAAGUUUUGGGUUCCUGGCCGAGCCCAUAUGCGAUGAGGCCGAGGAUUGCCCUUAACAUCAAGUCCGUUGACUACGAAUAUGUUGAGGAGAGGGUAUGGGAAGGCAAAACCGAGCUUCUUCUCCAAUCAAACCCUGUUCACAAGAAAAUCCCAGUCCUCAUUCAUGGUGAUAACCCAAUCUGCGAAUCUCUCAAUAUUGUACAAUACAUCGACGAGACUUGGUCUUCUGGUCCUUCCAUUCUUCCUUCUGAUCCCUAUGAAGGUGCCAUCGCUCGUUUUUGGGCUGCAUAUCUUGACGAAAAGUGGUUCCCAUCCAUAAAAUCUAUUGCUAUUGCUCAAGGAGAGGAUGCAAGGAAAGCUGCAAUAGCUCAAGUGGAAGAAGGGUUGGCGCUGUUGGAAGAAGCAUUUGGCAAGUGUAGCAAAGGGAAGCCUUUCUUUGGUGGGGAUCAAAUUGGGUUCCUUGACAUUGCAUUUGGAAGUUUCUUGGGUUGGCUGAGAGUCACUGAGAAGUUUAAUGGGAUGAAGCUGCUUAGCGAAGCCAAGACUCCAGCUCUGGUUAAUUGGGCUGACAGGUUCUGCUCUGAUGCUGCUGUGAAGGAUGUUAUGCCUGACACUGAGAAGCUCGCGGAGUUCGGUAAGAUGGUUAUAGCCAAAAUAAGAGGUGCUGGAGCUGAAAUUCAUUAAUUUAGGAGAUUUGCUGGACGGAAAUGACUCUAAUCUAUGUGCUGAUUGGAGAGUGGAAUUAAAUUUACGAUGUUUUGAAUUACGUUUGGAAUGCAAAAUAAUUAUGUAGCUUUUAUAUAUAUAUGUAGCAUAUUCCAGUAAUGAAGCUUUUUACUA